AUUUUCCAUGACCGAGAUUAUGGAACAGAGGAUCGACCUUAAGGGUUGUUGAGCUUCUCCAGAGUUGGCUACUGUGAAACUCGUGGUAAAUUAACUUCGAAAAUCAUUUUCCUUGUGUUGGAGAAAGCGUUUGACUACUGAAUCCAAUAUUUAAGACGCAAUUCAAUUUCCCUGUGCGUCAUGGCUCAUUGCAGCUACCCAACAAUGCUGUAACAAUUCUAUACAGUAGGAGAAUGAGCACCUCCCAGAUACACGUUAGUGUUUUUCUUUCUUCUGUCUUCGUAUUGUUCGGCUUAUUGUCUGUGUGUACUAAUGCAACUGAAAACAUCACACUAGGCCAAUUCGUCAGAGACGGACAAACUAUAAUCUCAGUUGGGAAGAAAUUCGAAUUGGGUUUCUUCAGUCCUGGGAAUUCUUCGAAUCGCUACGUUGGGAUCUGGUUUUACAAGAUUCCAAUACGAACAGUUGUAUGGGUUGCAAACAGAGAGAAUCCAAUUCUGGAUAGAAGAGGGGUUCUCAACAUUACAGACGAUGGGAAUCUGGUGGUGAUGGAUGGAGAUGGAAAACUUGUCUGGUCAACAAAUGUUUCCAUUGUAGCCAGGAACUCAACUGCUGCUGUUCUAAUGGACAACGGGAAUCUUAAACUCAGAAGUGGUGACAACUCUAAUAAGGACCUGUGGCAGAGCUUCAAUGAUCCUACAGAUACCUUCUUACCUGGCAUGAAAAUGGGCUAUAAUUCAGAGACAGGUGAGAACAACAUAUUCACUUCGUGGAAAAGCGCUGAUGAUCCUUCGAAGGGUAACUACCAUAUGGGUGUGGAUCUUCAAAGAACUCCUCAAAUUUUGAUAUGGGAGGGAUUCAAACCUAGUUGGAGAAGUGGGGAAUGGGAUGGGCAGACGUUCGUGGGCGUGCCCCACAUGAGAUAUCUCUAUCUUUUUGGGUUUAAGCUCAUCAGUGGUACUAAAAAAGGAGAAAUGUACUUCACUUACACUGUGCCUAACGAUUCUGAUAUCUUGCGGUAUUGGAUAGGAUGGGAUGGAAGAAUGAAGAAGCUUCGGUGGGAUGAGGAGAGGAAGGAGUGGAUCCUGACUCGGUCAGAACCCACUGAUGAUGAAUGUGGAAUUUACAACAGGUGUGGAGCUUUUGGGAGGUGUAGUCAGUUGGAUUCCCCUAUCUGUAGUUGUUUUCAUGGGUAUGAACCCAAAGAUAGCCAGCAGUGGAGUAAGGGAAAUUGGUCAGGUGGAUGUGGGAGGAGAACAGAGUUACAGUGUGAGAAGAAUAGUAGUGAGAUUGAGGAUGGUUUUACAAGAUUGGAAGGUAUCAAAUUACCUGAUUUCUCCAAGUGGGUUACAGGUAAUGGUAGUAAUGGCAGGAUUGAAUGCGAAGAUGAGUGUUUGAGGAAUUGUUCUUGUAACGCUUAUGCGUAUGUCAGAGGGAUUGGCUGUCUGAUAUGGAGUGUGGAUUUAGUUGAUGUUCAGCAAUUUCAAGAAGGUGGAAAAACCAUCUACAUCCGACUUGCUGGUUCAGAAUUACUAGGUGUCAACAGUGGGAUAUCGAAGCAAAUCAUAGUGAUAAUUGCAAUAUCUGUGGUAGUUUUAUUAAGCAUAUCUAUCUACUCACUGUGGAGAUUUAUUCCAAAACCAAAAGAUUUGUGGAGGAAACGAAACGAAAAACUGCAAUUAUUUGUUUCGAGCAAGAAUUGGGAGUUUUCAGCCAAAUUCUCAGGACCAAAUGACUUCAUAAAAGAUGGGCAACAAGGAAAUGUGCCCGAAUUGCCAUUGUUCGAUUUUGAUUGUGUAGCAGUUGCUACAAGAAACUUUUCUGAGGAAAAUAAGCUUGGACAAGGUGGAUUUGGACCUGUGUACAAGGGAAUGCUACCUGGAGGACAAGAAGUAGCUGUGAAAAGACUUUCAAGGAGCUCAAUACAAGGGUUGGAAGAAUUUAUGAAUGAGAUUAUACUCAUUGCCAAACUACAACACCGUAAUUUGGUUAGACUUCUGGGUUGUUGCAUUCGAGGGGAGGAAAAGAUGUUGCUUUAUGAAUAUAUGCCCAAUGGCAGCUUGGAUUCCUUUAUUUUCGACCCAGCAAAGCAAGGGCAAUUAGACUGGAGAAAACGUUUUCGCAUUAUUGAAGGGAUUGCACGAGGGCUCCUUUACCUUCACCGAGACUCGAGGCUAAGAAUAAUCCAUCGAGAUCUAAAAGCUAGCAAUAUUUUGUUGGACAACGAGAUGAACCCAAAAAUUUCCGACUUUGGAAUGGCUAAAAUUUUUGGAGGGAAUCAAAAUCAUGCAAAUACAGACAGAGUAGUUGGGACAUACGGGUACAUGUCUCCUGAAUAUGCUAUGAAAGGCUUAGUUUCUUUUAAAACAGACGUCUAUAGCUUCGGGGUGUCGCUCCUAGAGAUUGUUAGUGGUAAGAGGAAUAGCUACAUCUCUCAUUCGGAGCACAACUCAAAUCUGAUUGGAUAUGCAUGGCAUCUAUGGAGUGAAGGGAAAGGAAAGGAAUUUAUGGACUCAUCUAUAGUUGAUACAUGUUUGUAUUGGGAGGUAUUGAGAUGUAUUCAUGUGGGGCUGCUGUGUGUGCAAGACUCUGCAAUGGAGAGACCAACAAUGUCAUCUGUUCUGUUGAUGUUAGAAAGUGAGACUGCAAACGUUCCUAAUCCGAAGCAACCCACUUUUUCUGUAGUUUGAUAUUGCAAGGAGAAGGAUUUAUCUGUGGAAAGCUCAGAAGUUAUUUCAAUAGUUGAUCAAACAGUUACCACAUUAGUUGGAAGAUGGAAGAUCUGUGGAAGUCAAAUGAUUCAGGGCUGUUGAGGACUCCUAAAUCUUAAGCUUAUUGUAACCCUCUAGAUCUGUUCUAAAUGAGAAGAUGAUAGAUAUUUUUCAGUCAAAA